AUGGAGCUGCCGGAGCCUCCGGCACCUCGCUCUGCUCAUCACGUCCUUCCUCAUCCCGCCUCGUCACCGUUUGUCACAGCCGCUGAGCGUAGUGCGUUUGAGUUUGAAUUGCAGCCAUCCUGGACUGUCAGGUGCUGCUCGGUCCCGUCUGUGGCCCCGGGAGGGUUCCAGGAGCACCGGCAGCGACCCGCGGGCAGGGGGGGCCUGGAACCAGAGGGCAGAGUGCUUCAGUUGCGAGCACUGGAAAAGGACGUGUUCCAAAUAAAGUCACAAAACCACAUGAAAAUUCACUUCUCCUGCGACUCUCCUGGCUCCAUCGUGGUGGCAGGCUCCAUGGAGAAGGCCCAGCCCCUGAAGCAGCUGGAGAAGCUGCUGCAUGGUUGGGUUCCUGUCAGCCAGAGCCUGCAGCUCCGUGGCAGCGCCAGCCCACAGCCGUUUUCCUGGGAGCUGGGGAGGUGGAAAUGCCGGCGGGGUCCCCGCUGCCUGCCCUCUAAUCCCCGUCUUGUCUCUGCAGGGAGUGGGGAUGGCCAGGGACAGAUACUCCAGCGUUUCCCGGAGAAGGACUGGGAGGACAACCCCUUUCCCCAAGGCAUCGAGCUGUUCUGCCAGCCCAGCGGCUGGCAGCUCUUCACGGAGAGGAACCCCCCCACCUUCUUCGUGGCCGUGCUGACCGACAUCAACUCUGAGCGGCAUUACUGCGCCUGCUUCACCUUCUGGGAGGCUGUGGAGAGCGCACAGCCUCAGAGCCACCCCAGGAAUGGCAAAGGGCAGGAGGAGGAGGAGGAGGAGGAGGAAAAGGAGCCUUCAUCUCCCGUUCAACCCUCACAGCUCUUUGCUCCCAAAAGCUUGGUGCUGGUGUCGCGCCUGGACCACACGGAGGUGUUCAGGGUAAGUCUGAAAUACCCCGGGGCUGGUGGGGGGGGCCCCGCUCGGCAGGGACAAGACAACAACCUUGGUAAAGACUUUUCUGCCUCUGGGAGCAACCGGGAGCCACGUCGUCGCUGCCAGGAACAGGAGGUGUAUUUCACGUACGUGCCCAUCUUGCCUGCGCAGCUCCUUGAGGUCCUGAGCACGCCGACCCCCUUCAUUAUCGGAGUCCACUCCAUCUUCCAGUCGGAGACGCAGGAGCUGCUGGACGUUGUCAUCGCAGACCUGGACGGCGGGACAGUGAACGUCCCCGAGUGCGUCCAUAUCUCCCUGCUCCCUGAGCCCCUGCUCCAGCAGACGCGGGAAGCCCUCUCCAUGCUUGACGUGGACGACGAAGCAGCGGCAGCCUUCCUGGGGCAGCGGGGGCUGACGGAGGACGACUUCCUCACCAAGGUGCUGGAGGGCAUGGCGUUCGCUGGCUUCGUGACCGAGCGGGGGGCCCCGUACCGCUCCAUCGACCUGUUCGACGAGCUUGUGGCUUAUGAAGUGAAGCGCAUGCGCGCGGAAGAGGGGAACAAGCAGAAAAUACUGCGGCACAUCAAGGAACUGGCGGAGAAACUUUACAAAAACGAGAACCCGUACCCCGCGGUGACCAUGCACAAGGUGCAGAAGCCCACGGAAGGCUGUCACCUGCGCCUCCACCAGAAGCCUUUUCCCCGUUUGGAUGAGGGGACGGUGCAGUGGAUCAUCGACCAGGCCACUGCCAAGCUGCAGACGGCUCCUCCGGCCGUGAAGGCAGAGAAGAAGUGCAUGGUGCCCUCGGGACCCCCCAUCGCUGCCAUCAUGGAGCGCAACGGCAAUGCCCUGGCCAACAGUGCCCGGCGCCUGGAGGUGGUCAGGAACUGCAUCUCCUACGUAUUUGAGAACAAGAUGUUAGAAGCCAAAAAGUUGUUCCCCGCUGUGCUGCGCGCCAUGAAGGGCCGAGCGGCCCGGCACUGCCUGACCCAGGAGCUGAACCUGCAUGUGCAGCAGAACCGGGCAGUGCUGGACCACCAGCAGUUUGAUUUCAUCAUCCGCAUGAUGAACUGCUGCUUGCAGGACUGCACUGCCAUGGACGAGCACGGGAUCGCAGCCGCGCUCUUGCCGCUGGUCACCGCUUUCUGCCGAAAACUGAGCCCGGGCAUCACCCAGUUUGCCUACAGCUGCGUGCAGGAGCAUGUGGUGUGGACCAACAUCCAGUUCUGGGAGGCCAUGUUCUACUGCGACGUGCAGAACCACAUCCGAGCCUUGUACCUGGACAACAGCGAGGAGAACCACACGGAUGAGGAGAGCACAGAGGGGCCGCAGGAAGCCAGGUCUGCCCUGGAGAUAGCGUCGGAGCAGCUGAGGCUCUGGCCCACCAUGAGCCGAGAGAAGCAGCAGGAGCUGAUCCAGAAGGAGGAGAGCACUGUCUUCAGCCAGGCCAUCCACUACGCCAACCGCAUGAGCUACCUGCUGCUGCCCCUCGACACCAGCAAGAACCGGCUGCUGCGCAGCUCCGGGCUGGGGGACGUGGAGAGUGUCAGCAACAGUUUCGUCACCAACAGCAUCGCUGGCAGCGUGGCUGAGAGCUACGACACGGAAAGUGGGUUUGAGGAUGCCGAGAGUUCUGACGUGGCCAACUACGUGGUGCGAUUCAUCAACCGCUUCGUGGACAAAGUCUGCACGGAGAGCGGGGUCACCAACGAGCACCUCAAGGGGCUGCAUGUCAUGAUCCCUGACAUUGUGCAGAUGCACAUCGAGACGCUGGAUGCCGUGCACAGGGAGAGCAAGAGGCUUCCUCCCAUCCAGAAGCCAAAGCUGCUGCGCCCCAACCUGUUGGUGGGUGAGGAGUGUGUGAUGGAGGGGCUCCGCGUGUACCUCAUGCCCGACGGGCGGGAGGAGGCUGCCGGAGGGACUGUUGGCGGCCCGCCGCUGCUCCCCGCGGAAGGAGCCAUCUUCCUCACCACGUACCGCAUCAUCUUCAAAGGCACCCCCACGGACCCCCUGGUGGGGGAGCAGGUGGUGAUCCGAUCCUUCCCCAUCGCCUCGCUGACCAAAGAGAAGAAGAUCAAUAUCCAGGCCCAGGUGGAUCAGUUCAUCCAGGAGGGUUUGCAGCUGCGCUCGUGCACGUUCCAGGUGAGGCCGCGGGGAGCUGUGGGCUGCUCCUCUCUGCCGCGCUCGCUUGGCUGCUCCCAGCAGGUGACCGAUAUCUUCCAGGGCCUGACAGUGGGGGUCAUGUCCCUCGGGCACCUUGGCCAUUCAACCACGACACUCUCCAAAAACCUGGUGAAAAACGCCAAGAAAACAAUCGGCCGCCAGUACGUGACGCGAAAGAAAUACACACCGCCCACGUGGGAGCAGCGGAGCAGCCAGCACUUCCCAGAGGACAACGAGGAUGAGAUCUCAGUGUCCGAAGAGAUGGACAGAAGCACUUUGACCCCCACCACCACCAUCAAACCUUCGGACAAGAUGACCAUCAACCACCUGGUGGAGCGAGCCUGCUGCCGCGACUACCAGCGCCUGGGGCUGGGCACCCUCAGCAGCAGCCUCACCCGCUCCAAGAACGAGCCCUUCCGCAUCUCCACCGUGAACCGCAUGUACGCCAUUUGCCGGAGCUACCCUGGGCUGCUCAUCGUGCCGCAGAGCAUCCAGGACAACACGAUCCAGCGGAUCUCCCGCUGCUACCGCCAGAACCGCUUCCCCGUGGUGUGCUGGCGGAACGCCCGCACCAAGGCCGUGCUGCUGCGCUCGGGGGGGCUGCACGGAAAGGGCGUCGUGGGACUCUUCAAGUCCCCGAACGCUCCCACCCCAGGGCCCUCGCAGACGGAUUCCACCAGCCUGGAGCAGGAGAAGUACCUGCAGGCCGUCAUCAACUCCAUUUUGUGUACCCAUUCUGCUUGCCAGCUGCAGCGCUCUAAAAUGCAGAACGCUGCCAGCUGCAGCGCUCUAAAAAUGCAGAAUGGGCAGAAAAGCCUUGGGAUGCUCAAGAAACGGGUAUCAGGCUUUGCUGAGGAACAUUAUCCAGAUGAGUAA